CAACUGUCGAGACAGACACUACAGUUGGAUUGCGCGCUUAACGUUAAGCCAUACAAUACCAUCAGAGGAUCAACAGAUUACGUGUAAGGAUACGUAACAAACAGUCUUUCAGGGAUUAUCUAACUAAAGCUAUAUGCUAUAGUGUAUGGAUGAUUGUGUUGCAACGUUCAGUAUCGAGAAUGAACUGCUACUGACCACAUCAUUGUGUGGUGGAACUACAAUUUGUGGAUACUUAAUAAUACCAUAGCUACGAAUUGAUAUCUUAUGGUAACCAAACCGAAACCAUGAAAGGCAUGUCCUCGCCAGAAGGAAGGAAUCAUAGGCCGAUACUUACUAUUAACAUCGACAAAAACCCUCAGCAGAUCACCAAACCGAAAAAUACAUCUCCUCGGAAUAAGACUGCAAUAGUUGGGAUGUUCCCUCCUAUUGCUGAGGAGCAUCUUCUUCAAAAGUCCCAGCCGUCCUACCCGAUAUCGCCUAAAACAGUUAAACAAGAGACUAGCAAUGUAACAUUCAAACAGGAAAAUCAACCAACCUCACCUCUGGAGACGACUACAGGACGACGGUUAUCAGUAAGCAAUGGAGUGGGGUUAGUCCGAAACAUGGCGUCAUUAAAAUCGAUGGGGAAGGAUUUCAACUGUUCUUAAAGCUAAGAUGGCUUUUAAAAGUCGUAGCAAAAGACAGCCAGUUAAUCCUGUAGUGGAGGAAGAGGAGGAUUUGAUCAUAGAACUUCCAAAGGAACCUCGCUUCUCCACAACGAUGUCUCCGGAGGCGCAAUAUGCCAUUAUGAAAGGAUAUGAAGAUACGGUGUAUAAUUAUCUAUGUAAAGAAUACCCGGAGCAAAGGCCGUCCCUGCGAAGGAACAAAACACCCAUUUCAAAACUUGAUCAUCGAAACAGAGACGAAGCCCGGAACAUGCAAGACCACGAUUCCACCCGUGAACUAUCGACGAGAAAUGACUCAGAACGAGAGGAGAGUGAUUCUGCUUCUCAAAGUUCCUCUAUCGAUUCCCCUUUGUCAGGUUCAUCAUUUACAUUCCCUUCUCCUCAAUCGGCCAACAUGUCGAGACGAGCGUCCAUGCCAGUUACGGCCAUAAGCUUUAAGAAAUUUGGUCGGUCUGGGAGUCUUAGUACUUCGCCGUCCGUUUCUGUCGACUCGUCGUUAACUCGUACGAACAGUUUACCAAGUGUUAUCCCACGGGAAAAACAGUUGGUUUUGUCAUAUCGCCUCCAGAGAGCUAUGGAUAUAUUAGACACAGUCCGAGACGGUGUGGGCGAUAACUACACCUCCCCGAGAGUCCGAGCCAGUACCAACAAGAAUAUCAAGCCGGUCUUGGACUAUAACAAGUGGACCGGCGUCUGGGGUCGGGAAUUCAGCGAUCUUGGCAAAAUCAAAACAAAAUAAUCUCCGAUUAACUGAAAGGAUAAGAAAUGACGUCAUUUCUACACGGGGACAAUAGCUGUCAAGUCUGUCUACCGUGUUAAGGAAUAUACAUUGGACAAUAAACAUCAUUUACUGACGUAUGAAGGAGGGGAAUCCCAGGGCAAGCAUUAUAAUAUGGAAUGGAAAGCUUGAUUCGCAUAAACUGGUAGUGGACCGUAACAAUAUAUGUGGGAUUUAUGGGGCAUAUUGUCAUUUAUGCAUAUGUCGGAUAACCUCAUAUAUGGUUGUUUAAUAACAUGUAUAUACUAUUGAAGAGGCUUAAAUGGACGAAAUGAAAGACGAAAUCGAUACUUUGCUUGGCCGUACACUUAUUUUCUAAAUAUGUGCUUCCUGUGAUUGUGUUUCUAGUGCUUUAGUACCAAACUAAAAACAUUGUACUGUCUGCAAAUGUUACAACUCGGCCACUAAAUAGUGCACUUUUCUUUCGAGAGGUAAUGACUUGUAUAAUAAUAUUACAUGAUUUUUUUUAUCUUUGUAUUAUAUCCAAUUCGAUGGAAAUAAAAUCUGUACAUAUAAUCAUAGUAAGUUUUGUUUAAAACGGAUAAUUUGUAUAUAGUUUUUUUCAUCUUUUUUGUCUCCUCUGCAAUGUCACUUUAUUAGCACUGUUUCUUGUAAAUUAAACCAUAAAACAGCAUACUGUAGUUAUCGCCCACAACAGAUACACAGUUCUGUAAGUAAAGGUAAAAUAGAAGCGAAACCAUACACAAACUUUGGAAAGGUCAUCACGAGAUUCAAUCUAAUAUAUCGAAUUCCGUCAAAUGCUGCUUUCUAAGAAAAUUGGAGCUAAAUUAAUCGAAAUAAAACGAGGUCGGCUGAUUUACGUUAGAGAUUGUCCACUUACAAGUAAUCUAGUUAUUUUAAUGACGUUAUUUGACAAGGGAAAAUUUUCAGAUGAAAGUACAUUAUUAUAGGUCACUGGGAAAGUGAAUAUUGUAUUAUGGAGUUAUGAAGCAAUGUUAAUAAGAAUUAAAUAUAAAUGUUGUAUUUCGUCCUAUUCUUA